AUGCACUACACGCCCCGUGAGGUUGAGAAGCUUCUCUUUUCCCAGGCCGGUCGUCUUGCACAGAGGCGUCUGGCCCAUGGAAAGAAGCUGAACCAUCUCGAAUCUAGUGCUCUCAUCGCUACUGUUUUCCAAGAAAUCAUCCAUAACGAAGAUUACUCCGUCGCUGAUCUCAUGAAACUCGGAAAAGGCAUUUUGGGACGCCGGCAUGUCCAUCCUUCUGUCGCGGGUACGCUCAAGCAGAUGCAGGUCGAAGGAACCUUCAAGACGGGAACUCAUUUGAUUACUAUCCACAAUCCGAUCAGCACUGAUGAAGGUGACUUGAAGAUGGCUCUUUAUGGAAGCUUCCUUCCGAUUCCUACUUCGGACCUGUUUCCUCCUGUUAAUGAAGCCGACUUCCAUCCGUUGGCGAUGCCAGGCGCGAUCCGUCCGGCGGACACUGGAGACAUCGUUCUCAAUGCUAGCCGCAACCGAGUGAGACUUACCAUCACGAACCAGGGUACUCGGGCAGUUCAUAUCGGCUCUCACUUUCACUUCAUGGAAACAAACCCCGAUCUCGACUUCGACCGCGGAAAGGCCUACGGCUAUCACCUCGAUCUUCCGGCUGGAGAGUUUCUGCGCUUUGAGCCGAAUGAACCGAAGACAGUGACUCUCGUUCAGGUUGGAGGUUCUAGGAUCAUCCAGGGCGGGAGUGGCUACGCUAAAGGUCCUGUCGAUCCCACCAACGUUCAGAAGAUCUUACAGCAACUGCAACAGGCCGGGUAUCGACACUCGCUUGAGGGGUCAACAGGACAACAGACUGUCAAGCCUUGCUCAAUUAGUAGGGAGAAGUAUGCUUCUGCAUACGGACCCACGACAGGCGAUCUUAUCCGUCUUGGCUCAACUGACCUCUGGGUCAAAGUCGAGAAAGAUUAUACGUCUUAUGGCGAUGAGUGCACAUUGGGUUGCGGCAAGACUAUUCGAGAUGGGAUGGGAGCUGCAAGUGGAUGCUCUGACGCGGACUGUCUUGACUUGGCUAUUAUCAACGCUGUUAUCAUUGAUUGGACAGGCAUCUUCAAGGCCGACAUUGGCGUCAAGGAUGGUGCCAUUGUCGGCAUUGGAAAGGCUGGUAACCCAGCUACGAUGGAUGGUGUCUCUGAUAACAUGGUUAUUGGGUCAAACACCGACAUCAUUGACGCUGGAGGUAAGAUUGUCACUGCUGGUGGAAUCGAUACUCAUGUCCACAAUAUCUGCCCCCAACAGGCAUUUGAGGCCAUCUCAUCCGGUAUCACGACGCUCUUUGGAGGAGGUACUGGCCCAAGCACCUCAUCUACAGCAGUCAAUGGCACUGCUAGCAAGAAGUACAUCCGACAAAUGAUGCAAGCAUGCGAUCAACUUCCCCUCAACUUUGGCCUCGUCGGAAAGGGCAGCGACUCCGAAAUUGUCGGUCUUCUCGAUCAGAUCAAAGCUGGCGUUAUCGCACUGAAGCUGCACGAGGACUUUGGCUGUACACCUUCAACAAUCGACAACUGCCUGAAUGUCUGCGAAGAGCAAGACAUUCAAUGCCAUAUCCACACCGACGGCCUCAACGAAGCAGGCUUCCUCGAACACACCGCAGCAAUCUUUAAAGGGCGUAGCAUUCACGUGUACCAUGUUGAAGGUGCAGGCGGUGGCCAUGCGCCAGACGUGAUCAAACUAGUCGCGUAUCCCAACGUCCUCCCGAGCAGCACGACUCCCACGAUGCCUUUUACGACGAACACUAUCGACGAGCACAUCGACAUGGCUGCCAACUGCCAUCGCCUGUCGAAGGAUAACCCCGACGAUGCCUCGUUCCUGAAGAACCGAAUCAGGGAGGAGACAAUCUCAGCUGAGGAUAUUUUCCAUGAUAUUGGGGCUAUUAGCAUCAUGUCAUCGGACUCUCAGGCCAUGGGCCGAUCAGCAGAGGUGCUGACGUGCACUUGGAAAGCAGCGCAUAAGAACAAGGUUCAACGCGGACCGUUGAAUGAAGACAAGGAUACUGGUGCAGAUAACUUCCGCGUCAAGCGGUUCAUCAGCAAGUAUACCAUCAAUCCUGCGAUUACGCAAGGAAUUAGCCAUGCAGUUGGUAGUGUUGAGGCUGGGAAACUGGCAGAUCUGGUGGUCUGGGACCCAGCUGAGUUUGGAACAAAGCCGUUCCAGGUUUUGAAGAAAGGCUUUAUUACCUAUGCACAAAUGGGUGACCCCAAUGGAGCUGUCGCAGAUGUCGAACCUUUGAUCGGCCGACCGAUGUAUGGAGCCUUACAUCCCGAGUCGAGCGUCAUGUUUGUAUCCCAAGCAAGCAUCGCACAAGGCGGAGACGUUCACUCAUAUAACCUCAAGAAACAGAUUGAGGUUGUCAAGAACUGCCGAACGGUAAAGAAGUGUGAUCUCAAGUACAACAGCGCUACACCAAAGGUUGAGGUAGACCCUGAGACUCUGGUUGUUAGUUGCGAUGGGAAGGAACUCAGGUCCGAGCCGGCGAGCUCUCUUCCUCUGACGAGACAAUCGUUCUUGUACUAG